AUUAUUUCGGUAUCUUGUGAACUAAGUUUUAUUUCUGCUCUGUUUGUGUUGUUUGCUUACAAUUCAUUCUUUGCUAAAAAUUUAAAUAACUGCAAACAAAAGAAACAUUUUUCAAGAGAGCGAUCAAGCGUGACAUUGAAAUACUCGCCGUUGACCAAAAAAUACAAUAUGCAUUCAAAACUUCAACGUCGCCCGCCCGUAGUCAGUAAAAACUCGUGGGCAACUGGAAGAUAAACUGUCAAUCAAUCCAUCCCGGAAACAGCUGGAUUUUACACUGGAGACUGCGAAAACAGUUGGCACCGUUUCAUAGAAAUUCUACCGAGGGUAAAUUUAUUUUGAAGGUAAUCCAAGAUUCGACAUGCUAUCUUUUAAGGAAUGCUACUUAAGACCAAAUAUUUGCAAACUAAAACCGCACUGGCUGGGUUUGUUCAAGGUCUAAAAAGUCUUUUUAACAUGAGGAAAGUUGUUGAAGAUUGAUCUGAAAUGAUGUUUUGCAGCUUUGGCAUAUUCGUUUUUUUGUGUGAAUAUUUAAGUUUAAACAGUGGAAACGAAUUCAGUGUCAACUUUGUGCAAAUUAACUUUAGCACUAAGAUACCACCACUACUUAGAAACCCUAAAGAUCGCGUCUUUUAAAUUUAGCGGGGUUUCCGUUGGUUAUUAAACGCUUCAAUGAUCGAUUUUGGCAAGAAACGUUUUAAGCAAAUUAAACAGUCCAUUGAACUCUUUCAAUUAUAACGAUCAUUUCCCGGAGUAAACCGUUACCAUCAUUUGGUUCAUUGCUUCUAGAAGAAUCUCAUACAAUAUGAAAUUUUGAAGGAUAGUUAAUCAGCAAUAUAAAGUACCUUGUAAAACGGUCUGUUUUUAUUAGCAAAAUGUCCGCAUCAAGUCGAAUCUUGUUUCUUUGAUUGCCUCAACUGUAAAGUGGCGAGAAACAAGUUGCAAACCUUCUUUAUAAACAAUUUUAUUUUCAUUCAUGAAUCUGUAAAUAAUUGAUACUCUUUCACAAUAUUUUGAAUUCUUUAAUAACGCGAACAAAGACUUAAAAGCGUCGGAAAAAAAAACCUAAAUGAUAAUUACGUAAGGAAAAAAUGUACACCUGGUUGAUGAAUGACUAAAUAAUCCAAAAAAUUGACUUCUUUGCCCUAGAAAAUCGCUCCUAAUUCAUUGGGAUUGUUAAGAAGAGCUAAUUAAGAUAACGUUUACAAUAUCAUCAUUAUUAGCUGAACAAUUUGUUGCAACCUAAACUUGCUAGAAUGUCUAUAAGCUGUCUAGGUGUCUACAGAUCAGCCCUGGUCGUUUAAAGCCCUUUCAUUCAAGAAAGAACGAAGUUCUAACAUUUUAGUGUCUGUGGUGUGACCAUUUGAAUGAAACCUCUCCAGCAAUACUUUCACCUGAGGUGUUUUUCUGCAGGAAAUUUAAGAAAUAAAAUUUUGAUUUCUUUUUCUGUUUUAGACUCUCGGACCACCCCAAUAAGAGUAAACGAUUUUUAGAGUUUUCCAAUUCCGCUAUUUUCAUGAUCAAAUUUACUAAAAAAGCAAGCAGAGGGAAAAUUUUUUUAAUAAAUAUAUAUGUUUCAGGCGCCAGGCAGUUGGUUUCAUGCUUAUUAUAUUGUAAAUAAACCACAGAUUGCUAUAUAAUUUUCGAGAAUAUUCAGAUCGAGACAACAUUUUUUCUCUCUCUCUCAAAAAGUUGAGUGAAUAAACAGCCCUUCAGUUAAGCAGGGGUAAACCGUUCAGAAUUUUGGGUCGACACAUUUGUUUCACAAGAUAGCUGGCACAGUUGAUCAACGGUCAUUUUCCGUGCAUGAGCAAGAGGCUGCUAGCGGUAUUCAGUUAAGCCGAUACAAAAUCCUACUGUUUCUAAUCUUAGUCAAACUUCGAGAGAGUUGUUUUUCAGCCAACAGCUGGCUAAGGAUAUCCGCCGGCUCUAUUCGGACGAAACAACAGUCUAUCUUUCUAACAUUGGAAGUUUUUGGUUUACCUACUCAAUGCACGAGUGGGUGGAACCUGUAUAACUAUCUAGGCAACUAGCUCGCUCGUGCUCGUUUCUUGUUGAAUGUAUAGAAACCUUUUUUGUUCAGUGCAUCAGCUAAACCCUGAGUUAUUUGUGAUCAUUUAAACGAACGCAUUCGAGGCUAUACACUAGUGUUUAGCCUUUGUUUGCUGUUUAUUUUGACCACUUCAAGGUGGUCUAGCUUCAUAGUCUGUGGGCUACAGCUGAACUGAAAUUCGACCAUUGAAAUAAAAGCCUCCUUCGAAAUUGGCGGUUACCGUUCUUUCACUAACGUUUCAAAUAAGGUUUCAAGUGUGUAUGCCAACCAAUACAAGUGAAAAGAAGUCCUUUUCCAUGUUGUUGACUUCUCAGGUGUUGUUUACAACUCUUGAGAACGUAAACUACCUUCCUGUGUGAUUUAGUUACUUUCACUACUUUUCAAACAAAGCUUCAAUACAUUUCUUUCAGAAGCCGGCUAUGUUUUAAUUUGGUGUCGUAAAAGACGUUCUAAGUUAUCUGAAGACCGGGGCCUCUACUAUACAGCGAGAAGGAUUUCCACGAAGGGCUUCAUGUACAAAAAGUUAAUUCUUUGAAGGUGUCUGGGUUUAACUGGAUAAGCUACCUUAACGAAUGUCUACAAAGUGAGCCGUUAGACAGCUCGGCUCCAUUGCAAAAUAUAACCUUUUUUCUAAGCUGAUUGCUAGAGAAUCAGCUUCACCAUAUCAUAUUAUUCAGAGGCAAAAUCAAAAGUUAUUAAAACAUCCAAGACUCGCAAGCAACCUGUUGAUCAGAUUCUUCCAAUGUUUUAUUUUAUCACUGAAAAAACAGAGGCCUGUUUGUAAGCUUGCACUCAGUUGAGAUUAAUGCUUUCUGUCAUCGAUUAUUGCUUUGCCAAUUAAUCAGCGGUAGACUAAAAGUUAUUUAAACGUCUAAGCCUCGCAAGAAAACCGCUGUUAGUAAUGGAUUCUUCCAAUGUUUUAUUUUAUCAUUGAAGAAAACAGAGCCUUGUUUACAAGCUUACACUUUAGAUUUACGUUUUCAGUCAUCGAUCAUUUACAUGAAAAACCUAAAACAUCUUUUAACUCAAAUUUAUGAUUCUCUGAAUCUCUCGGCUCAGUAGCUAAACGACCCUUGUCACAGAUGGCUCAGAGUAACUAGAUUUUGCCAUUUUGGACUUUCUCCGGCUUUUCGCAUCAAGAGCAGCACUUCACGAGUGCCAGCUGUACCAAGCAUAUGUGCCGGAAAGUUUAAUUGAGUUGAUUUCAAAAGUGGUCCAUUUAGCAAGCCAAUUUUCUUAUUUCCUGAAACAAAGAUUCUUCUUGUGGAAAAAAGAUAAAAGAUUACUGACUGUUUCUUUAGCAUCCGAUGGAUUUACUAUGCGGAAACGACUCAUAGCUAUUUGAGGAAACUGCAACACGUAAUUAUUUAAUAACUUAAUUCAACAUAAACUAGAAAAUUCUUUUUCACUCAAUCCCUCUCUCCCUCUCUCUUUCUAAAUGUUUCCUGAUAUUUUGAUAACUGUUGGCAUCUGAGAAACAUAACCUAAGAAUCAAAACUUAACUACGUACUUCUUAUUAUCAUUGUUGCUUUAAUAAUCAAAGUCAUGAAUUUGCUUGUUCAUUUUAAGCAAUCUCGCACGUGACAGAUACAACAACAACAUUCAUUCCCUUCAGGGUUAAGAUGUUCAAAGUAUCAAGAGACACAUAUGGAAUAUAAUUUCAGACCCAACUAUGCAAAUAGCCGCUUGUAAACCAUUAAUUUUUAAUUAUUCUGUCAGAGACUUGCCGGUUUGCUUGGUUUCUGUCAUCCACUGACAUGACAGGAGCAGUGUUAGUACUGACCCAGCAAGGGAAUCGCCUUUUUAAUCAAUCCAACUGGUCCCGCAAGAACCGAAUUUCAAGAGCUAGCUUCUCUUUCUCCAUGGCUAACUUUUCUUUUUCUAAGGCCAAUUUUUCUUUUUCCAGAAUAAGUUUUUCUUUCUUGAGUUUGUCCACCUCAGCUCUCACGUUCGACAGAGAUUCGUCUUGGCUGCCGUAAUCCGAAAGCUUCCUCUUCUUAAUCACGUGCGCAAGAGACGAAGGUAACAUUCGUUUCUGCUGUGGUGACAGGGAACGAAACGUCCUCACUCCAGUCACUUGGGAACUGGUGAGGUUUGCACUGCGUAUACUGCUCGGUAACUGGAGUCUCGGUGAAGGAACUGCGCUCACAGUGGCGUUUGAUUUUGUAGAAACAAUAGAACUAUUGCUUGGCACCGUCUCAUCAGCCGCGUGAGUUGGAGUAUGAUCUUCUGUGUUCGAAGCACUAGCAGUGGUCAGAGAAAGAUCUGACUUUUUGUUCAUACUUUGCUCACAAUCUUGAUUUUGGUCCGUAUUUAUAUCAGGCGAGACCACGACCGAUGGUUUUAUAUCCUCUGGACGAGUAACUACUACAUGAAUGACCUGCUGAGGGCUGUUCUCUUGGUGAUGGUUGUUUUCGCUGUCUUCUUCUUUCAGUUGUUCCAAAGCUUGCUCUCCUUGGUGAUCUUCAGCAAAACAACUACCGUCGAACGAAGUCAUUAAGGUCCCACAAUUUGUCGCAGAAAUUCUUAAAAUUUCUACGAUCCUUUGACUGACCGGAGAGAGUUUUCUUUGCGAAACAGACUCGCCACCGUCAGGAGAAGUCAUCGUUGUUUCUAACAAUUCUUUCUUUGCUGCUCUUACCAUGUUUUUCCACUUCCUCUUCAGAUCGUUAGCAGUUCGUAAAACUACCGGAUUUUUGCUGUUGUAAUCGUUGCAAAUGCGCUUCCACACUUCCACCUUUUGUUUGUUGGUGGACGCAUCGUUCAGUUUUGAAGUGAGAACGACAGCGUUCCGCUCAAACUGGGAGAUGAGGUACAAACUCUCCCCCUCUGUGAAGUUUGGCUUUCGCUUAUUAGCGACAAGGAGCAGGUCCAAAGAAUCGUUGCGGCCUUCACUGGUGUAAUUCUCCAUUCAGUGCACUACCUGAAACUAGCAAUGCAAGAGUGAAGAAAACCGCUCGGAUUCACACAGCAGCGCGCGUCUGUUGUGAAAACUUGUGCGACUUGAAGCGUAUCUGAACGAAGAUCGUGACAAAGUCAACGUCCAGGCCGAAUGUACUAAAUCACGGUUUGGAGAGAGGUGACCUUUGCUGAUAUUGGCACUAAGUCAAAGACCCAACUUAGCCCUACCAAUACUCAUGCUUCAGCUGAUACCGGUGUCUUAAAUUUAAAUAGAAAUGGACACCAAGCCGUGCACAACUGCACGUAUUAUGUUAAUCCAUGACGUCAGUUGGUGAUUACGCAUAUUUUAAAUCCUAAAGCCGCAGGUUCAAAGACCGGUUUGAAAAAGAUCAAGGCCCGAUUUGUUUUGUCGCCUGUCGAAAAACCGACUUCUUUGUUUUGAUCCCAGAGGAACAGUUAACUUGAAUACUAAGCAAGAUCAAGUUUGAACCAGACCUUCUUGGAGAAACUGAAGAAGUCGACGCUAACGUGCCUGAAUAUUCAUUACCAGAAAUUCGAUUCUCGACGACGGCCGUAUUUUCCUUAAGAGUCUUAAAAAUAUUUUACAAAUAAAGUUGAGGUGGAAUCAUGAGUGUAGGAUAUUUGUGUAAUCUGGAUAAAUAAGCACUAAUCUCAUAAAAUCCGGUUGCUUAAUCAGGCCUGUGGGGUCCAAUCAACGAGAACGCUCGAGGUUAUUUGAAGAUGUGCUGUAAGUCAUGCCUAUCAGUUUUAAUCAUCCACAAAACUGUUUUGAAAGACAUUCCUGGAUAGAUUUCAUGGUAUUUAAACAGAGGCUACACUAUACAAGAAAACACCUGGAUUAAUUUUCGAUAAAUUACAUUUGAUUACACUUCGUUUUUCAAGCACAUCACAGAUUCGGUUUUGGCAGCCAUUUUCCGAUGUAUUUUGUUUUCGAUCUGUUUGUACAAUUCCAGUAAUGUUUUAGAUGACACAAAUCAAGAGUGCCAUUUGGAACUAAGUUCAAAGUCGACAGUUGAAAAGCUAAAACCCCCGUUUCUUGUUUUCAUUUCACUCAGCAAAGGGCAUGCUUUGCCAAUUUUGUUUUCGUCCACCUCCGACUUAGCCCGAUUUCUCUUUAAACAGCUGUAAGGGGCCUUUAUGUUAACAUGUGAUUCGUCUUAGGACGGCUUCAAAACCUGCGUCGCUAUGAAAUGGCAACUGUAGCGAAACUGCGAUUUGGCGUUCUCUUUUUAAAUUCGUGGCCAAAUUAAUUCUAAACGUUACAUAGCAAUUACUGCUACAAGUUUAAAACUGUUCGUUACAAAACUCCGCAGUACUUUGAUCCUACUCGACAUAAACUGCCAAAUAGUGAUCCUCACAACGCCCUAAUAUAGCAAUGCAAAGAAUCAAAGGUUUUUUUUUUUUAAACAAAUUAAGUGCGCUUCGGCUAGCCAGAUCAUCAUGGGCAGAUCACUGACAUAUCCAUGGAAGUCGUCCAUCACGAGCGGCACAUGAGCCUCGUAGUGCUUUUUUUUCCUUUCUUCUUUGUCUUUUACAACUGAAACCCCUUGUUUAUCCUCAGUCCAUGUGUACAAAAUUAGGAUAUCAUUUCAUAUAGUUAGUCGGUCCAGAGUGUUCUAUGAUCGAAAACAUGUUCGUGUCAGAUUGUGUCACGGAACUGACUCGGAUUAUUGAUAUCUGUUUUAAUAACUUCCAGAAAAACUAAGUGCGAAUUUGAAACGCGUUUGUAAACAACUUGAGUUCCAGUUUGGCCGCAAAUACGGCUUUAAACAUCUACCCCAAAAUGAAAGGGAAAGAUGCUACACUUUGGGGCAGCUCUUUGUCCGCGACCAGAGUUUUGUAACUAGAGGCUAUUCAAAAGGCUGAUUAUGUUUAUUAAGAUUUCUUAACUUUAUACGCAGUAAAUCCGAUGUUUUGGUCUCUUUUUUGACGAACGUGUAUUGCGGAAGUUUUGUGGACGACCUUUUAUAAGUAUGGAUUUUGGUGCUUAUUCAGGUCGCUGCAUAACCUUGGCGUGUACUUAGACCGCUAUGAUUUAUCUCCGGUUUAUGGUCUACGAAAACUGACAGCUUUAAUUGUCAUGGCAAUAGAAAGCUCAAGGCUAUGGAGAGCUUUUGCGCUAAUGUGCAAAACCAUGCCAAAUAUUGCCUCUGUUGUCACACUGACAAGAGCGGUGAUUUCCACGCGAUUUCUGCAACAGAGCGAGCAGCGCCGGUAUAGCGAACAGGGGCACCCAACGAUGGUUUCCUGUAAAAUAUCUGUUCGGAGAAGCAAAUAUUGCCUAGAAUUUUCUAUUACUUGAGGACGGCUAAAAAUUUCUAAAUGAUCGUUCCAUUCAUGUACAAUUUUCGAGGCUUAUUCAAUAAAUUCCUUACGAUUUUCUGAAGUCCACAUUUCACCACCCAGGUUAGGCUAUUUUUCUUACAAAAAAGGAAACCAAAAAUUUUCGAAUUCGAAAAUGUGAUGGAGAGAGGCAUCAGAAAAAUCCCCACUUUCGUAAAACGUUCAGUGAAUUGCAGUUUCGGGAAAUAAUACUGAAGCCCUUGUUAUUUCGAAGACUCUAGUUCCCCCUGGAUGAUCAUGACCGAACAGAUACAACUUUUAUAGGGCCGCUUAGAGUGCAUUUCUACAGAUCCAAAAGUACUCUGGAUAGCCUAAAAAGUGUUUUUAAUGCAUUUAGGAGGAAAUAGUCGUUGGGUGCCCUGUAUGAACAUAGCUUCAAAAAAGAAAAACCGGACGACAAAACAACAACACUCAACGAACGGAACGGCGACGACUUAGAAAAUUCGCGCUGUUUGAAACUUUAUCGCGCUUAUUCCAUCUCGAUCCUUCGAUUCGUUUUGGCAAGUUUUUUUGGAUUUAAAUUUUAAAAGACUGUAUCGAAGUUCAGGUAAAAGAAAAGAAAAUUGUUUUCGUUUGUUCACGUCCUCCAAAAAACGUGAAAUUAGGCACUUUGACGAAGUACGGUGCUCGUGCACUGACGGCAAAUAAAAUAUCAGAAGAAAAAAGAAAAAAAAAGCGUGCUGCAUCGGCAAAGAUGCUGUUGCUUAUAUCUAAACCCAUUCCUCUUUUGACGUUCUCGUUGCCCUCGCCUUCUUUGUUACUAAAGCUUCUUUCCGUUUUGCUUCAAACCGGCGACUUGCAAUUACCCUGCCUGAUUGGACUUACACUUUUUCUCAUUCAACUUAGGCUGAUACAUUCAUACGGCUCGACCGGUUAAAAAUUAGGGGCAUCCGACGACUGCUUUUUGUAAAAUAUCUGUUCGGAGAAGCAAAUUUUGCCUAGAAUUUUCUACCACUUGAGAGCGGCUAAAUAUUUCUGGAUGACCGUUCCAUUCAGAUGUAAAACUUUCGAAGCUUAUAAUUAUCUAAUAAAUUCUCUACGAUUUUCUGAAGUUUAAUUUUUCACAUUUCACACCCCAGGUUAGGCUAUUUUUCGUAGGAGAAAGGAAUCCUAAAAUUUUUGGAUUCAAAAAUGCGAUGGACGAAGGAAUCAAAAGAAUUUUCACUUUCGUAAUGCGCUAAAUUGCAUCUAAAAUUUCCGGGAAAAUAUUCAGUGAAGCCCUUGUAAUUUCGAAGAGGCUCAGGUUCCCCUAGGGUGACCGAACAGAUACAAAUUUUAUAGCCCCGCUAAGAAUGAACUUCUAGAGGUGUAAAAGUACUCUGGAUAACCUAAAAAGUGUUUUCAAUGCGUUUUCGAGGAAACCGUCGUUGGAUGACCUCGUUGAAUUUGUGCUUAUAGGUGUUCAGUUCUCACGGUACGAAAACUUAGCCCCUUAGACGUUCAAAGUUCCGCGUGAACAAAGCCAACUUAAACAUUGAACGGUCCCGCGCGUGUGAACGAAGUGUUCGGUCAAAUUAUUCAGCGGGACAGCGACAAUUCGUCCAGUGCCGUAUGAACUUACCCUUUGACUCCUUUCUUAUUGAUCACAGUUUUUAGACGAAAUUUUUGUCUUAAAAGAACACUGCAAUGGAUCAAGGACAAAAAUGCACGAUGGGUGAAAGAUAAAAAAAACAGCGUUUCAGGCUCUUUUAUGAAGACCAAAUAUGCUAAGCUGCUUUGGGCUUCGUCUUAUUUUGUCGAGCCAGCAUUUUCCUUUAGCCUGGGAGCGUUAAGUUACCUCUGUGAUGCGAUAAAGGCGGAAUAACGACAGACGGAUCAGUCAAUCUUAUGCAGCUCUAGUUUGGGUCUUCGCGUAACUUGUUAUUGUGGCAGCCUCUCGUUUCCGGUUCCAAAAGAAAGAAGUGGAAACGGAGGUCUUUAUAAAUCAUGGGGAAUUUUACUGAAGUGAAUCACUUGAAGUCAUUUGAUUCGUCUAACUUUUGAAGAAAUCGUCCUCCAGGACUGCACUUUUUCUGAGUACUGUUAGAAGAAACCUUUCGUUUAGAAUUUGAUCAUGUGUUAAUUGGUAUGUUUUCCUAAAAUUUGUUUUCUUUUCAUUUCUUUAUUGUAGUCUGAAUGCAGUGACCGGACCCUUUAGUGGAGCUGUGAAGUUGACUUACCUUAUUUGGUUGUGAAAAUGUCACUCUCAUGCGUCAUCCAAUCGCUGCAAGUCUAAGGAGAUGCCCAGAAUACCGAGCGGGCAUCGUCAUGACAGUAAUACCGAGGACUCUUUCCUAGGUCUAACAGGAGGUCUUCUCAUCCUACUGGUGACAUCAAGCGUACUUUUCCUGGGAGCUCUUUGUAAAUAUCUCCGAAAGUUAUGUCGCAAGCUAAAGGGGAAGGAGCUCUGGAAGAGAGGGUCAAAGAAACGGCAGUCGAAACGUGGAGAGAAGUCUAAAAGGAGCUCAAGUAUUAGACGCAGCAGUUCCAGGGCAUCGAGAACCAAGGAAGGAUUGAUUGUAUCACCGGAAUUUUCCAUCCCAUCAUCUCGCAGCACUGUGACGCAACAACCUGCACCUGAUCUAUCACAAGGGAGGACCGGAAGGUCCAAUGAGGAAAAACGCCUAUCGUAAGUAAUGUUUCAUUAAUCUUGAUUAUUAUAUGGUUGAAUCCAUGAGCAGGCAAGAUGAAGCGAAUGCUGCGUUCUGAUUGGCUACCCGAGCCGGCAAGAUGGGCCUAUUUUGCCGGCUCGGGAUUUCCCGCGUAGGUCCCGCAAGAAAAAGUUCUCUUUUUGGCCAUUAAUAAAUCCUUUAUUGAACAAGCUUGUUUGGUCAAGAUGGCAGUAUUGGCCUCGUUCUUUUUGGCUUUUUCAUAGACCUCGCCUUCGCCUCGGUCAAUAAAAUCCCAAAGAGGAAUUUGGCCAAAAUCCAGCCAUCUUGACCUCACUUUUCGCGCAUUUACCUAUCUUUUAAUUACCACAAAUCAGUCAGCGAAACCUAGAGACCUGACACUGGUAUUUUUGACCUUCCAAUCACGUUUAGUUGUCAUUUUUCAUAUCCUGAACUUCAAAUGCGUUCAUAGACUGAGCGGAGCUUCCAUUUUCGCGGGCAAAAGUGUUCUAAAAUGUAUCUUAAAAUAGACCGGCCGAUGAAAACGCUAAGGAAAAGCCCUUGGGACGAGGUUGGAAAACGCCGUGGCGCAGAAUGCCGAGUUAUGGGCUCCUGCCUCCUUUUUGUAUUAAGAGACGUAAAUAAUUGUACAUCAUUUUCUUGACCAAGCAGCAGGAAAUCCAAAACUACUCCAUUUUUGCUUUCAUGCAUUUUCCCGCGCUUGAAGGGGGCUAAAAGAAUUUGCGUUGAGUUCUGAUUGGUUCUUGAUUUUCUUUGUCCGUUGUGAUUGGCCAAAGAAAUCACCUCCACGUUGGUGUUUUCUGCACUCAAAGUGCGCCAUCGAGAUUUAUUUGGCUUGGCUGCAAAAACUGUUUACUUUCUUUUUUUCUAGGAUAAUGUCACUUUACUUAAACGAAGAAAUGGGUGAACUUAAUCCCGAACUGUACGAUCAUACGGAAAGAGAAGUGCGCAUUGGUAAAGAUAAAAAUCUUGGACAACUGAAUUUAAACAUCAGAUACAACGACAAGAACAGAAACCUCUCGGUCACGCUGGUCAGCGGUAAGGACUUUCCUCCCCGGGAUUACUCCGGCAGUAUUGACACGUGCGUGACCGUUUGCGUUCUUCCUCACCGCGAGAGGCGGAAACAGAGUGCAAUUCACAGGAGGUCCAUGAGCCCUCCAUACAAUGAGAAUUUUGUUUUUAAUAUUCAAGUGGGUGAAGAUGCGCAUUCACAUAGUCUUCUGUUGGUUACGUACUUUUACGAUAACCUGUCUAAUAGUCACGUGUUAGGUGAGAGUCAGGUACCACUGAUCUACUGUGACUUUUCUGGGGCGACUAAUAUCUGGUGUUACUUAGAAGAAUCGUCCGACUCGGUAAGUGAUCAACACUGCAGGAAAAAAGGGGCUUAAAAACCCGGGGGUGGGCAGGACUACGCAUAUGAAAGGGGUGGGGAUGCUCGUGGGAAAUUUUGAAUUAAACCAGGAGCCCAUGGGCUUCUGAUUAAACCUCUAAUUUGACCCCUAAAAGAGACCAUGUUAAAACACAGACAAUAUGUAUAUUUUUAUAUUUUUUGCGUGCAACCCUAAACGAGUUCACGGCUAAAUAUGAUGGCGUUUUGCCCAGAACACCCUAAGUGAGACCAAAAUCCGAAAUUUACACCCCUAAGCGAGACGACGAGCAUCCCCACCCCUUUCAUAUGGGGUUCCCCCGGGCUUAAAAGUCGUUUUUGAGCCACACAUGCCAACCGGAAGUGAAGCCUUUUUCCCAAAUUUGUACUGCAUUUGUACUGUUAGGGGCUUUACUCCUAUUAAGACGAUUUUCCUGAAAAUUUGGGGCAAAACCACCGCCCAAGAAUGCAAAAAGUUCAUUUCCGGUUUACAUUCGUCGCUCAAAAACGUCUUUGCUGAGCUACCUAUCGCCUUUACCACUCGCUUUUCAUAUGGCCUUAUUUGGUAUGAACCCCUUCAAUUGCGCCUUUGCGAGAUGAUCUCGGGUGAUGGAGGUCAAUUUAAGAAGUCGGGUUUUUAAGCAGUUAAUACCUCGAACUCCGGAUCUGGAGGUCAGGGGUUCAGGCCUGUCCAGUCGCGUUGUUUCUUUAGACAAGGAACUUUACUCCACUUUAAAUGGGUACCGGUGACAUUCUGCUGGGGAUAACUGUGCGAUGGACUAGCAUUCCGUCCAGGUGGGAGUAGCAAUAGUCCUAGGCGUGCUUUAUGGGCUAAGAAAUCUGAGAUAAGCUCCGGCCGUCUGGGCCUUUGGCUCGCGUUCACCUUUACCUAUACCUUUAAUUGUAUCUUUGUCAGAUGGUCUCAGGUGGUAGAGCCGGUCAGUGCAUGUAAGAAGUCGGGUUUUCAAGCGGUUCUAGGGCCUGUUACAUAACACGGAACGUCAGAUCAUCAUUUGACGGUGAAAUACAGAAUUUGGCUGGCGAGGCUUCACGUCAGACCUUAGCGUUAACGACGGAAGUGAAGAUUUAUCCCCCGGGGUUCUCCUUAUAACGCGGCCUAUAUAUACAGGGAGGUUCCGCCCGAAAGGGGCACCUUUGUUAGGUUUCAGGUAUAUGAAAGGGUAGGGAUUUCACUAUAUAGUUGAAGUAUAUAAAAGGGUAGAGAAAUCUGUUAUUUCGAUCUGUAAGAGGACCUAAACGGGCUAAAAGAAGUAUUUUAUGGCUGUGAAAAAGUCGAGAAAAUUUCCUGAUUCGUAAAUAAUUCAUAUUUUAAAGACAGCGCAUUUACAGCAGUUAAAAGGAAUGCAAAUUAAGCUCUAAACUAGGUAUUUGAAAGGGGUACCUUUUCUGAGUGGAAGGUACUAAAGGGUUACCUUUUCUUUCAAAAAUGGUAUAUAAAAGGGUAAGAGGUUGGACCUCGGAGCGGAGCUUCCACGUGUAAAACUUAUAUUGGAGUACGUCCCCGGGGGAUUAAUCCAACUGGCUCUAAGUUUACAGAGUGCAUGUCAAAUAUCAAAUAUACGCCACUUGCACAUCUGCCAUAAUGCACUUUAUUUGGCCUCCAAAAUUUUGCAUAAGCUUUGUUUUUCAUUUCUCCUGGGUAUUACAGCCGUCCGAAGAGAAAUUGAAAACAAUGCUUAUGCGAAAUUUUGGGCGGCAAAUAAGGUGGGAGAUGUGCAAGUGGCGUAUGGUGACAUAAACUACCGUUGAAAACUGUCAGUUGACAAAUCAAGAGAGGAUUUUCAAUCUCUUUGGAAAAAAAAAUGAAACGCGUAGGAAAGCGUAGUAAAUCAGUGUAAAGGAAGUUUCACCAGCAAAAAAUUUAUUAUUAUGCUUAGAUCCAACCUUAACAUUGGGGAAACCUCGUUAAGAGGGUCCCGUCUCUUCCUUGCUCGACUACAGAAAUAGAUAGGAAGCUGGGAACGAAGCUGAACCACAGCAUGGAUUUGGCUGUUUAAUGACCAAUCAGCAUUAUCAAAUUUUUUAAAGGCGUUGUUCUCCUUUUUGCAGGACACUUCAAUUGUAGGAGCGUUGCAGAGUUUUGCCAACGCAGAAUGUGGAGAACUACUUUUAUCUCUGUGUUACGUUACUAAGGAUCAGACCCUCACGGUAGCCAUUAUGAAGGGGAUGAAUUUGACCGAGGGACUGCUAUCUUGCGUUGGUUAGUUUGCUUUUAGGUUUUAAUUUUUUUAAGGAUUUAGUCCUUUGCUCUCGCCUCGGCAGUAAAGGGCUUUUGAUACGCAGCUUUUAGUGGUCCGACAGUUAUGCCACGCUGAUGAGACCUAGUAAGGGCGAGAAAGCUGUCCAUUGCUGCCGCCACUGCUUGCCAAUGCCAGAGUGAUAUGGCUUUGCGCAUUCGUGAGGUACUCGCUAGGUAUUGAGUCGGUUGGUGUUUGUAAAGUUUGGUCAUGAUAUGAAAAUGCACAAUCGGCUGCUUUGGGUUGCGCAUUCUUGAUGCAGGCAGUAACACUAGUUGUCUUAUUUUCAAACACUUAUAAUUUUUCUCGGCAAACUUUUAAAAAAGUUUCGUAAGCUAACAGCCUGUUGGAAAUAUAUUAAACUUUAAUAAGUGGAAGUAACAACCUUAGCUUUGAAGUAGGGGAGCUCCUGACAGUUUUAUUUUACUUCCCAAAGUUGUUAUUGUUAACACUCGUUAAUUGCUGGUUUUCUUUCCCUGUUUCCCUCGCUGGGCUCUUCUGCUGAAAAUGUACUCUAUUCAAACUAGAUGGAAAAUUAUAAAUUCACAACACACUAAUUUUAAGACGCCAUCCUUCCUUCCGCAGAAAAAGUUUACACAAAAGCAACACUACACCAUGAUGGCCAAAAGCUUCUGAAAAGAAAAACUGGUUUGCAAGAAGUCGGUGAAACUUACACAGUUUUCAACGAAGCUUUGUUAUUCCGUGUGCCCGAGGAUAAGCUGCCGUUCUGCACAUUGAAAAUCUCCGUAAACUACUAUAACGUGGUGGGAAAGAGCGCUACCGUUGGAGAAGUCAUUUUCAGCGUGGAGUCGACUGGACUCGAGGAAGCACACUGGGAUACCGUGACGUCAAAACACGACAGAGCAGUUUCUAUGUGGCAUACAUUAAGGGGCUUCAAAUUUAUUGAGACAUUGAAGGAUGAUAGACAGCCGCUGUCUCCAAAUUAAAGAGUGGAUCAUAGUAAAACAGGCCAAUAGUCCUAAUAGACCUCUUUAGCUUGUAUGUUUUAUUUUCCCAAUUGCUGGUUUUCAGUGUCACGCCAUUCAAAAUAGAUCAAAAUAAAAAUCAAAACCGUUCAAUAGAUAAAGUUCGGAAUCUGGGAAAUGAAAGGAGGUAAAUAUACCAAGUUCCUCGCCGCGAUUCCUGAAGAAAUGCUUUACGCAAAUUUACAGAGAUUUGUAUGGAGACGCCAUGAUGGUGCCCACCUGGAUGGGCACCAACAUGGCGGACGGAAACCAACGAAAACAUCUGUUACAGAGUUUUGCUACAAAAGCGUGAAUUUAUUCCUCGAAGAACUCAUAAGCAUUAAAGUAAUACUUUUUCUAAUCCACGAACUGCCUAGAUAGAAAAAUUCCCCGAAAUACGUCACUUUUUAACCCACAUGACUUCCCUCUCGGCCGUCAUGUGAAUGCCGCGUCACGCAAAAGCUUAGAAAUUCAAGCGUACUCUAUCACAAAACCAAGAACCCUAUUGAAGCGAAAAUUUUUAUGAAAAUUAGCUUUCCGGCUGCUCUAAUACAUCAUGAAAGUAAAAUCCCAGUAGGAUCGACAGUUUUGUAGUUUGAAUUUUAGUGACGUCAUGUGAAAACCAACAAUAGAGGUCCCACGGGAACUUAAUCUUUUGUCUUUUUAUAAAUUAUUCGUUCAUAUGUAGGUAAAUAAGACGAAAUUUGAAGGAAACAGUUCUCAACAGUAUUAUCACGUGACUUGUAUUGGGGAAAAAAACAUACAAGCAAAAGAGUUCUAUUGGGAUCCAACUUCCGGAUGCCGAUUCGAACCUACACAAACUUCCCUUCCCUUUGAUUUUACUCUCAAUAUUUUGAACCUCCAGGUGACGUCACGGCAGCCAUGUUGAUGGUCAAGUUGUCAAGAACAAAAGCUUUCUCUUCGAGAAAUGAUUAUAUUGUCUAGACCACCAACAUGGCCGCCUUGUCAUGUGGUCAAACCAAGAAUUGCCUAGAAGAAUCAAAAAAUCGUUAUUCCACCGUAUCAAAAUUCCUGCUUAGCUUUGAGGCCAAAGGGAUUAAACAAAAGAAACUUCAUCGAGGUACAGGUAUUAAUUAUUUAUUUUUUUUUACUAUUCUUCAAAGCCUCAAAGCUGAGCAUACUCCUUCGGAGAUUCUCUCCCAGCAAUCACGUCGCAUACGCCACUUGCACAUCUCCCAUAAUGCAACUUAUUUCCCCUUCCUCCCCCACGCCCA